AGUGCGAUGACGGGAUACCGAACUGAUAUCGCAGCGUUAUGGAAUUGAUAGUUAUUUAAACAGAUUUUAAAUAUAUCCCGGUAGGGAUAUUAUGCCGAUAACACGGCGUAAUCAUAGUUAUAAAUGUUUGCCAAGAGUUCGAAUAAGAUUGCAUGAAGAUUGCAAGUGCUGGGGUGCUGUCGACUCUGGGAGGUUGUGGACCUAGUCAAGCAUUCUGCUGGCAGUGCCAAGGGAAAGUCAGUAAGCACAUCAAACAGAUGUGCUGGAGAAAGACAGGGAAUUUUGAGAUUUGCUCAGCGAAAAGCGAGGUACAAAAAGAUUGGAUUUGGUCGAAGAGCGUGUGUUGUGUUCAUGCACAGAGUGUUCAUAGUAUUUUGGAGCGUGGUUGAAUCUUUGGCACUGGAAAGCAAGCAAGCGUCAUCGGCGAAGAGUUUUGUUAAAAGAUUCGAACAGUUCGACAAAUCAUUUAUGAAAAGUAAGAAAGCCAAUGGUCCAAUGACCGAACCUUGGACAAUUCCACAGUGGAUGGGCAACAUCGGAGACCUAUGACAUCCUACUUCAACAAACUGUGAUCGACCACUCAGGUAAUUACAUAAUAGUUUGCAUGCGUUACCUCUAAAACCACAGUGUAUCAACUUUUGGACAAGAAUUUGAUGAUCAACUGUGUCAAAGGCC